GGAGACGAGACCCGAGGGGGAAGGUGAAGUGGGAAGCGACAGGGGAGACUGUAAGAAACUUUUCCUUGCCGAAGGGUGCCAGGGCGACGGCGGCACGCGGCGGUGCAUGUAACCGGGAAAGCAGCAGAUAACAUCUCAAGUUGUUGGGUCCCUGACACCGUGUGGAGACCUGGAUUGAGUUCCUGGAUCCUCAUUUCACUGGGGUACUCCAGGGCAGAGGAGAAUAUCCGCCGGAGACACUGUCAGAAAUGUCUUCCCUAAGUGGGAAAGUCCAAACAGUUCUGGGCCUUAUAGAACCAAGCAAACUGGGCCGCACCCUGACCCACGAACAUUUGAGCAUGACCUUUGACUGCGCUUAUUGCCCACCUCUUACAUGCCAUGAAGUUAUCUCUAAGGAACCCAUCAUCAUGAAAAACUUAUUCUGGCUUCAGAAAAACCCUUAUUCUCAUAAAGAGAACCUUCAGUUGAACCAGGAGAUGGAAGCUGUAAGGGAAGAACUGCUGUAUUUCAAAGCCCAUGGUGGAGGGGCCAUGGUGGAGAAUACAACUUGUGGCAUCAGCCGCAAUGUGCAGGCACUCAGGUGGCUGGCGGAAGAAACCUGCGUCCACAUCAUCGCUGGAGCCGGGUUUUAUAUAGAUGCCACUCACUCUCCGGAGACCAGAGCCAUGUCGGUGGAGCAGCUUACUGAUGUCCUGAUUAAUGAAAUUCUACGUGGAGCUGAUGGAACCAGCAUUAAGUGCGGUGUCAUUGGAGAAAUUGGUUGUUCCUGGCCUUUGACGGAGAGUGAGAGAAAGGUCCUUCAGGCGACAGCUCAGGCCCAAGCUCAGCUUGGCUGUCCUGUCAUUAUCCAUCCUGGACGGAAUCCAAGUGCUCCCUUUCAGAUUAUCCGAAUACUGCAAGAAGCAGGUGCAGACAUCUCAAAGACGGUUAUGUCACAUCUUGAUAGGACUAUACUUGACAAGAAGGAGCUGCUGGAAUUUGCUCAGCUUGGCUGUUACUUGGAAUAUGAUCUCUUUGGUACUGAAGUCCUUAAUUACCAAUUCAACCCAGAUAUUGACAUGCCUGAUGAUAACAAAAGAAUUAGAAGGGUGCGUCUCCUGGUGGAAGAGGGCUAUGAAGAGCGAAUCCUGGUGGCCCACGACAUACAUACCAAGCAUCGGCUGAUGAAAUACGGAGGUCACGGCUAUUCUCACAUACUCACAAACAUUGUUCCCAAAAUGUUACGUAGAGGUAUCACUGAGAAAGCACUUGAUAAGAUACUAAUAGAGAACCCUAAGCGAUGGCUGACUUUCAAGUAGGAUGGCUACUGAUGAGUUCAAACUGUGAGUGCAAAACUUACAGAGAACACUGAGUGAUUUCAGAUCCACUGUGAGAUAUUAAUCAGAGCUAUACAGGACUAAUGACUGAUUAUCUCCUUCUUUGGAAAAGAGUUUGCCUUCUCUGAAUCUGGGUAACUCUGACACCUGCUCCUCCGUGAAGUUACUGAGGCUCGUUGUGCCCUAUUGUUUACCCUUAGCAAAGGAAAUAAAAAAAGAACCUGUUUGUAGAA